CAAGAGCGCUAUUAAAGCAACCUUUAAGAAUACGAAAAAUGUCUGAGCCUGUCAAGGAACCCGUUGAGGAGAUCACCCAAAAGACUGAAGACCUCGUUUUUGAUGACGAAGGUAAGCCUAUCUCCAAGAAGGCUUUGAAGAAGCUCCAGAAGGAGAAGGAGAAGGCCGACCGAAAGGCUGCUACCGCCGCAAAGCUUGCUGAGGAAAAGGCUAGCAGAGAAGCUGGAAACGUCGACUACUCUACUGAGCGUUAUGGAAAGCUUCCCAUGAACCAGUCCCAGACCCGCACUGGUAGCAAGCGUGAGGAUAUCACCACCAUCAAUGCCAGCCGUGCUGGUGAGACCGUCAUUAUCCGUGCUCGUGUCCACACCUCUCGCCCCACUGGUGGCAAGAUGUGCUUCUUUGUAUUCCGCCAGGGUGUGUCCACUGUUCAGGGUAUUAUUAACGCUGAUGCCGACAAGAUCAGCAAGCAGAUGAUUAAGUUCUGUGUUGGUAUUCCCGCCGAGUCUAUUGUGCUUGUAGAAGCCAAGAUCGUUAAGCCUGUAGAGGAGGUUAAGAGCUGCACUAUUUCUGAUGCUGAAUUGGCCAUUGAGAAGAUCCAUGUUAUUUCCGAGGCCCAGGGCCGUCUUGCUUUCUCUCUUGAGGAUGCUUCCCGUCCUGAAUCAGAGUACGAAAACGAAGACAGCCAGUUUGUUCGUGUAAACCUUGACACACGUCUCAACAACCGCGUUCUUGAUCUCCGUACCACCACCAACAACGCCAUCUUCCGUCUCCAGUCUGCUGUGUGCUUGUUGUUCCGUGAGUUCUUGAUCGAGAAGAACUUUAUGGAGAUCCACACUCCCAAGAUGAUCAGCGCUGCCUCUGAGGGUGGUUCCAACGUCUUUAAGGUGUCUUACUUCAAGACUAAUGCCUUCCUCGCACAAUCUCCUCAGCUUUACAAGCAGAUGUGCAUUGCUGCUGAUUUCGGCCGUGUCUUCGAGAUUGCACCUGUCUUCCGUGCCGAAGACUCCAAUACCCAUCGCCACAUGACUGAGUUCAUGGGACUCGAUAUGGAGAUGGCUUUCGAGGAACAUUAUCACGAAGUCCUUGAUACCCUUGACGAUCUCUUUGUCUACAUUUUCACUAACUUGAAGCAACGUUUCGGUAAGGAGAUCGAGGCUGUCAAGAGACAGUACGACUUUGAAGAUUUCGAAUUCCUCCCCAAGACACUCCGCCUCAAGUUCUCUGAGGGUGUUAAGAUGCUCCGUGAAGCUGGUGUCGAGGUUGGUGAAUUUGAAGAUUUGAGCACUCCCAACGAGAAGUUCCUCGGUAAGCUCGUCAAGGAGAAGUACCACACCGACUUCUAUAUUCUUGACAAGUUCCCUUUGGCCAUCCGACCUUUCUACACCAUGCCCGAUCCUGAAAACCCCGGAUACUCCAACUCUUACGAUUUCUUCAUGCGCGGUGAGGAAAUUCUGUCGGGUGCCCAGCGUAUUCACGAUGCUGAUUUCUUGACCGAGAGAGCCAAUGUUCACGGUAUUGAUCUUACAACCAUCCAGCCUUACAUCGAUGCCUUCAAGAUCGGUGCUCCUCCCCACGCUGGUGGUGGUAUUGGUCUUGAGCGUGUUGUCAUGCUUUACCUUGCCCUUGGCAACAUUCGCCGCACCAGCUUGUUCCCCCGCGAUCCCAAGCGUCUUGAACCCUAAUUUUUUUUUCUUUACUCAAUUCUAUUCUAAUAAACUUCCCACAAUAUCUUAAAGUAACAG